AUGUCGGACGCCCAAUCAGACCCUCACCCUCAUCUAACCUCCCUCCUAACCAAAGGCUACACCCUCCUCCCUUCCCUCCUCUCCCCAUCCCAACUCCUCGCCCUCCGCGCCGCCGCCUCCAAACUCACCACCCUUGCCCGACAAGGUAAAUGGCCCCAUGUCCGCACGCUAGGCAAACAAUUCCCGCCGUGGGACAGCGCCCUCGUCGCGAGGGGAGAACGAGGGAUUUGGGGAGUGCAGCAUUUGUUGCAUCCGGAGCUGCCGCUGAGUCAAGAAGAGGAGAGGGGGGUGUUUGUGGGGGUUUAUUUUGACAGCAGGGUGUUGGGGGUGGUACAGGAGGUGACGGGUGCACAGGAGGGGGAUCUGGUGAUGGAGUUGAUGAAUAUGCUUGUUCAUCCGGAGGGAGAAGGGAUCCGGCCACUGAAGGGGGGAGGGGAGGGGUUCGAAUUGCGGUGGCAUCGGGACGAUAUACCUUGGACGGUUGGACCGGAAGAAGAACAGGCGUUAUUGGACAGGCAGAGGGUUACUGUUUCUAUUGGAGGGGAAGAAAGGACGGUGUAUAACCAUGCACAGUGGAACAUUGCUCUUUAUGACGACGAGAGUUUAGUCGUCGUCCCCGGCAGCCACCUCCGCUCACGAACGGAGGUUGAGCGCAACGCAGAUCCGUACGAACCGAACCUACCCGGAAUGGAGGUCGUGAAGCUCAAAGCGGGGGAUGCAGUCUUCUAUGAUAGUAAUAUCCUCCAUCGGGGGGUUACCUGUUCUACCUCUGUAUACGUCCUUGAGCCAGCCUACGGCGCCCCCCCCCCCACCAAAGUAGCAUACUUGAACGAGUUCAGCGUCGCCGCAUACUGCUCUCUCGUCGACGACAGCGUGUCAACUAUGGCCGACCGGCCCUUCUCACACCGCCUCUACAAAAUGCUCCCUCAAUACCAUCUUCAGCGCCGAAUUACGAAACGGGAUCCUCGCCGCAUUUGUGUUCCACGCCCGAAUCACCUCCUUCAGCGCCAGCAGCGCCUCAAACGCCCAACACGCCCGCUGCACGAUCGGCGUCACGCGGAUCCGCCCAUCGGUGCAGGAUUUGUGUUUUCGCCGUGGAAGUGCGCGAAGGAGGUGCUGGUUGCGCCGGUGGGGAGGGAGAAGAUUGCGGGAGCGACGAUUUUGUCGCAGGUCUUUACGUUGUCGUCGUCUGAAUUGAGGAUGGCCGUAAAGGCUGGCGGGCUGGCCCACAAGGAGCUGGGAAUUGAGGAGGACGUGCUGAUGGAGUUGGUGAAAAAGGGGGGGAGAGAGGGGGGAGGGGAGACUUGA